GAAAUAUUGGGAUCGUUCACAUACAUGCUAACUAAUGAGCAAAUUCUUCAUUAUUGUAUAUAGAGGAAUAUUCUUUUAUCUUUGUAAAUGCAUCGUAAGGAUAUCCGCUAAUCACAAACCGCCCUGAUGCCGAUGGGCGUGGCAUGACAAAGAAGCUCUCGACACGCUCAGACACAAGUGAUAAACCACGUGGUUCUGGCACAAAGAAAAUAUUUUACAACAAUAAAGCGCAACACCAUGGAUAUGGAAGAGGUCAAAGUAGUCAUCGUUCCAGGAAAUGGUGCAGGAAAUGUAGAGGCUGCCAACUGGUAUGGAUGGCUUCAUUACAAGUUGAAGGAAAAUAAUGUCAAGAGCAUUCUGAGGAACAUGCCAGAUCCCAUCACAGCUCGAGAAUCUGUGUGGCUCCCAUUCAUGCAGGAUGAACUGGGUUGUGAUGAAAACACCAUUAUUGUUGGUCAUAGCUCAGGUGCGGAGGCAGCCAUGAGAUAUACAGAGACACAUAAGGUGAAGGGGAUUGUGUUGGUGUCAGCCUGUGUGACAGAUUUGGGUGAUGCUAAUGAGCGAGCCAGUGGUUAUUACAACCGCCUUUGGCAGUGGGACUCUAUUCGUGCAAAUACUGGAUUCAUAGCACAGUAUGGCUCAACUGAUGACCCUUUCAUUCCAUGGUUGGAACAAAAGGAGGUGGCAGACCAACUCAACAGCAAUUUGUUUAAGUUUGAAGACAAAGGUCACUUCAUGAACACAGCAUUUCCUGAACUACUUGCUUUUUUAAAAUCUGUGCUUUAGCAUGUCCCACAUUUUAAAUCAGAGCAGUGUUAAUGAGCAAUAGCCAGAAUUGCUUAUCACAUUUUUAAUCAUAAAGUGCAUAUGUUGGUUAUUGUCACAAUCAAUUCUGAAUCAUGUACUUUUCUUUUGUGGAACAAAAAUCAUGACAAACAUUAGUGUAAACAUUCUUAUUUUGCUCAGCUGAACUGGUAAGCUUCCACGCUGAAGUAGCUAACUUGUCUAAACAAGACUGCUGUAGGACAGUUUAAGGUAUAUUACAGCUUAACUUGGUUUAUUAAAAAAAAACAAAACAAAACAAGGUGAUCAUGAAAGCAGCAACAGGACCCAACUAAAUUUUCCCCAUGAUGUUGUGACUGAUUUGCUUGAACAUCCCAAUGUGGCUGCUGACAAUCAAACCAUGACCUCAAUCUAGUGUCUUCUCUGCACAUUCUGCCUAAACAAAAAUUUGGAACUAACCCUUAAGCUUAACAUAACUCUUAAACAGAUCUCCCAAAUGUACCUAGUCUGAAUGUGUGUGUGUGUAAGAGAGUAAGAGGAAGUUUAUCUGACAACUGUGUCAUAUGAAAGGGUUAAGCAUGAGUAUAACUACCUGAGUGUAUGAGGUGUAAUGAUAAUCUCUCCAGUUUAUUAUGUAUAUUUUUCUCAGUUGACUGUGGGAGCUCCCAGCAACAAAGGAAAAUUUCUAUCUCUGUUGCAACCAGACAUAGACAAUAAAGAUGUAUUGUAUUGUAAGUCUACCCCAAAUGCUAACCCUAAGGUAAAUGCCAACGUGUCUUCUGUGUACACUUCUUGAGUUUACAAAAUAUACAUAAGCGCACACACAUAUAAGCUUUUCAUAAUGAGAAAAAUGUACAAAACUUAAGAGACGGUUUGUGCAUGUUUUGUGGGAAAAAUAUAGUCGCUACCAGGACAGGUCUUUACUGCUUAAAUAUACAGUGAUGCUUUUCCCAUUGUUCCUCUCUAAAGCUUCACGGAUAAGCAUGGUGUCUCAUGCAGGUUUUAACAUGAUAGUCAAGUGCAUUUGUGGUAUGUCUUUUGUUUAUGGUGUCUUAUGUCUUAGAAUGUUUGCAUCGUUUGGAAGUUAUUUUCAAGAAAAAUAGACAUUAUUUGGGGUAUAGUUAGAUCAAGUCUAUGUGGAGCUGCAGGAAAUUAAAAAGUCUCACCAAUCAAGAGAAUAAACAUUUAUUUUACUGUUGGGUGGUGGACAAAAAAUUUUACAUGCUAAAGAAUUUGUAAAAAGUCAUAGUUACAUGAUGUAUGUGAAUAAUUGCAACUAACACACCUCAACUACUCCAGGUAUGUAACCAUGAAAAGUAAAAUGCUUUAACUAAUUAUGAUACUUUCAUACUGGUGACAUAACAAGAAUUAAAAAAAAAGUCUAUGC